CUUUUAAUCGACAGAUCGAAGAGUUGUGAAAAAUCAAUAUUUCUCGUACUGUCGUAGCGUACCUCAAACAUACGGUACAUUCCUGUAUUUUCAAUCGAUGUUUCGACUGUUCAGUUCUUUAUAUUGUGUGAUCGUGAUUAUUAUAUUGCUGUAUUGAGGGUUUGCAACAGAAGAGGCAGAGAUGAUAAAAGCAAUUUUGGUUUUUAACAAUCACGGGAAACCAAGAUUGGCGAAAUUCUUUCAGCACUAUAGUGAAGAUGAACAGCAACAAAUAGUCAGAGAAACGUUCCAUCUUGUUUCGAGGAGAGAUGAUAACGUGUGCAGUUUUUUGGAGGGUGGGACUCUUAUCGGAGGUUCAGACUAUCGAUUGAUCUACCGUCAUUACGCUACGUUAUAUUUUGUCUUCUGUGUCGAUUCCUCAGAAAGCGAACUUGGAAUAUUAGAUUUAAUACAGGUUUUUGUGGAGACUUUGGACAGAUGUUUUGAAAAUGUUUGUGAAUUGGACUUGAUCUUUCAUGUGGAUAAGGUCCACUUUAUAUUAUCUGAAAUAGUAAUGGGUGGGAUGGUUUUAGAAACGAAUAUGAAUGAAAUUGUGUCAAGAUAUAUGGAACAAGAUAAGCUAGAAAAAUCAGAGGCUGGAUUAUCAGCAGCACCGGCGAAGGCAGCAGCAGCGAUCAAGAAUAUCGAUUUGCCAACGUUACCAAAAGACUUGAAGAUUCCAAAUAUUGAACUUCCAAAGCUUCCGUCCUUUAGAUAAAAAUUUAUUCAAUUUUUAUGUAGUUAAUAAAUUUCACUGUCUUGUGCUCGUAAAGGUGAUAUUUUUGGACACAAAGUGGCCCUGUGAUUUGUUGGUAGAUGAUACCCAUAGAUGUUGAACUAAGGGUACUCCCGCAAUGUGAGUACCAGGUUAGGGUUAGGCCGUAAUUUGAUUCCGAUUUUCCUUAUUUUAGUUCUAUUACGAGUUCGGGGACUGUCUGUGUUAUUCAACUGAAUAUACCCCCUGUCCAUAAGUUCCAGUCCCUUUACACAACUUAAUGUGAAGUAGACAUUGGUACACUUACUUCUGGAGCGCUGUUUCAUCGUAACUGGUGAGGUUCUGGUCAUUCAAAAUCUGACUGCGAGAAAAUUGAGUCUGUCACUGAGUUAUUUUUAGGAUUAAAAUAAUUUUGUUUUCUAGUAUUAGAUUUCAAAAUGAAACCUAUUGAAUUACAAAUUUGUUUUAUUUCAUUUGUAAUUUUUUUAAAUUUCAGUUUAAACUCUCGCUAUUAGAAUUCUGAAAUUACAAUUUCCUACAACUUUGGCAUGAAAAAUACUGCUACAGUCUGAAAUGAAACCAUACCACACUAGCAAACAGUGUUUUCGAUGUCUAAGAGUUCUUUUUCCGCUUCGCAACCUCAAUUCUAGGUCAUUUUGUGAUUACUUGUAUUUCAUUCUCUUUCAUUAUGUGAAUUGUGUGGCACUUUUAUUCUUGUUACAUUUUUGGGAGGGAAAAUGUUGUUCUUCUUUAUAUUUAUAUGCUGAGAUGUAAACUAUGUUAGGAUUAACUUGUGAAUCCUAUCCAGCUCUUUAUCCUGAAAAAAAUCAUCUUUUGAAUUCUCACAAAGCAUGACUGCUAGGUGAAUAAUAGAAUUUCAGGCCCGGACUCUGCUUUUAAAUCAAAAUUUUGGCUGCAAAACUUUAUGAUAAAUCUGUGUUUUGGUUCCAAUUUUAAAAUUCGGACAAUGAAUGACCAAAACUGAAGAAUACCAACCAAUUUCCUAAUUGCAUUUCAAGUAGGUUUGAUAUAAAACUUUGGUUGUUAUUACCACACAACAUUGUAUUUAUUGAUAGAUGAAUACAUAGCAAUGCAGGAUAUUUGAGAUAAAUGUUGUUUUGAUUGGUUGAAUUUCAAUAGCCAAGUUGCUGAAAUAGAUAAGUUAUUCCAUUGCUUAUGGUAUGCAACAUCAUACACCAAGAAAAGCUAUAAUUACUUGAUUUUAUUUUCGGUAUUUCAUAUUCUAAAAAAUAAUAAUUUAAAGUAUUUAAAAUCGUGAAUUAUUCGGUAUUGGCCAUCCUUGGUUACACCUUUGAAUCUUUUAGGCCAUCGCUUCAAUACUCAAUCUGUCGGAUAAACUAUUCUGUACAAUCAAUUUUGAAUUGAUUCAUUCCUGUUUCAGAUUCUAACAAUGUUAAAAAAAUGUCUCUGGCUCCAAUAACAGCGAAACUUAAUUUACUGCUCUGAGCCUAUCUUAAUGAUAUUUGUUAUUUAUAAAUGUAAUGUUCAUCUUGUUAUAUUUCCAAAUAAUAGGGUAUGAUUAAUAUUUGUUUAAUACUAAAGCCUAAAAACUCAGUCAGUCUUCGAUAUGAGGAUAAAAUUGGCAAGUACUGACUUAACAGCUGCAUAUAUCAAUGUGUAUUUAUUCAUAUUCCCAAUGCUUUAUUCAAAAUAAAUGAACAUUAUAUUGAAACAA